GGAAUGGCAAAAGCAACAACAAUCAAAGAAGCCCUGGCCAGAUGGGAAGAGAAAACCGGUCAGAAGCCAUCCGAAGCCAAAGAAAUAAAGCUUUAUGCCCAGAUUCCCCCAAUAGAGAAGAUGGAUGCCUCCUUGUCUAUGCUUGGUAACUGCGAGAAGCUUUCACUAUCUACAAACUGCAUUGAAAAAAUUGCCAACCUGAAUGGCUUAAAAAACUUGAGGAUAUUGUCUUUAGGAAGAAACAACAUAAAGAACUUAAAUGGACUGGAAGUAGUAGGGGACACAUUAGAAGAACUGUGGAUCUCCUACAAUUUUAUUGAGAAGUUGAAAGGGAUCCAUGUAAUGAAGAAAUUGAAGAUUCUCUACAUGUCCAAUAAUCUAGUGAAAGAUUGGGCUGAAUUUGUGAAGCUGGCAGAACUGCCAUGCUUGGAGGACCUGGUGUUUGUAGACAAUCCCUUGGAACAGAAAUACUCUUCUGAGGGGAGCUGGAUCGAAGAGGCAAGCAAGAGAGUGCCCAAACUGAAAAAGCUGGAUGGUACUCCAGUAAUUAAAGAGGAUGAAGAAGAAGAAAACUAACUCACAUUUUUCACUUUCUAUUAACUUAUUUAAAUAUUAUAAAAACAAUAGAUAAGUUUUGUAUAAUUAUCUAUUUUAAAGAUUCUGUGUGGGGCAAAAAGUUCUUAAGAAGAUAAAACAAAUCUCUCAUUCCCAUCUUUUUCUUUCUUAAUUUACUCAAGCAUUGUUUCUCUCCAAAACUGGUAACACUAACUUCAUAUAUUCUAGCCUUCUUUUUAGAAACUACAAAUUUUCAACUUCUGUCUUUAGUCUCAGUUAUGUACUUUGUGGCCCCAUCUACUGAAACCUUUAUAGACUAAUUGUUUUUAACAACAAAGGAACAAAUGUGAUUGAUUACUAAAUUUGUUUAGAAUUUUUUUUAGGUCUGGCAUUUUAAAAAGUAUACUUGAUUUUUGAAUCUGUGGACCAUCUUUCCUAGAGGUUCGUCUCCUUACGAUUCAGAAGCACAAAGGUGUCUUGCCUUUGAUUCAGAAGGUAGCAUGAUGGUGGGAGGAGCUACUCGCAUGAACACAGCAGCAACCCUAGGACC